AUGAAGACGAAUCAGUAUGAGUUCACGCUGUCAAAGUACUCGGUCAUUCAGAAUGAAGUUUCGGCAAUCCUGGGCGAGCCUCGCAACACUCUUCGAGAGAGAGAUCAGCAAGCGCCGGUUGGCCGUGACCCUGCAAGCUACAUCAGCGAUGCCGCUUGGUCUGCAAUGGCAUCUGGCGGAGCAUUCGCCACCUCAGCACCGGAAACGGCUGCUCCAGCAUCAUCUCCCAGACAUGACACCGAGAGCAUUGCCUCCGGUAGCACGACCGUGCCCAAUCUGAACCGCCCGGCUGGCGCCUGGGACGAACCGCAGAGGGGCGUGUGCCCGUCAGACGAAGUCGAUUUCUUCGAGCAGCUGCAGACGGCGGGGCUGCUCUACCAGAACUUCCGCUUGGGAUACGAUGCGGCAGGAAACCUCAUCGACCCCACUCUAGCGAGGAGGGCAGAUUGGAACAAAGCAGAUGCUUACCAGUGGGCACCCUUCGCCGCGACCACUGAGGCAUAUGUGCACGCGGAGCAUGUCAUCAAUACGAUCCCUUCGCACCAGAACUUGCACGGUUUCACAAGCUUCGAUACAUCUCACGUGCAGUGGUACCUUGCCGGAUGGAACCAUGAGAUCUACAACCACCGCAAAGGUCGCCGUGAGCGCCGGUAUUGA